AUGACAACAUCUGAUGAUUAUGUUGUGCUUCCUCAGGGUCUGUUAAACAAGCAGCGUCAAACUAUCGUUCAACAUUCUUUACGUAUUCCUGUAGAUCCCCAAAAAGACCCCAACUACUGUGAAAGCAGUUAUGAUUGUAAACAAACUGAUGAUGCCUACUGUGACGAGAUAACAAACCGAUGUGCAUGCAAAAGCAGUUCCGAUGUUCUGUCCAGAGAGGGUUGGUGUUAUCCAGUUAGACAAACCGGUGAGCCAUGCACUGUCGAUGAGCAGUGUGAAUUCAACGUCAUGAAUUCAGUGUGCGAAACAGGAAUAUGCGCGUGUAAGGAUAACUUCACGCUCUUUCGGGACUUCAAUGUUUCCACGUGUAUUUCAGGUAGACACAUGGACAUGGGCGGCGAAUACGACAAUGCAGAGCCACCACCUAGUCGUGGAAUAGAAACCAAAACCAUGAUUCCUAUUGUUGUGUUUUUAGGAAUCAUGUUCGUUGGCAUGUGCGUUGCUUUGCAGCUGUUUAGUAGGGCCAGAUUCCGUAACGAGCGAACCAUUUUCAACUCUCCUCAUCCACGGUUGAUGCACAUCAGGUUGGGAAAGAAGCGCAAGGGAAGCAGCAAACGCGCCAGUCACGCGAGCCUCCACGUGCCAGGCUCCAGGAGGCCAAGCACCUAUUCACAACGCUCUCACCCGUCUCCACGCUCGCUGCGUUCAGUAACUCCAUCUGACAGCCAGGAAGUGCUGCGUAGUCCAGUGAAGGAACAUCCUGAAUCCCCAGCCAAGCCCCAUGGAUCUCCAAACGGAGAAGCUGGACUAAAGAGUGGUUUUGAAUGUGACGUGAAUGGCCCAACAUCUCCGACAGUAAUUAUUACAGACACAUCUGGUACACGUUCUAAGUCCAAUGGAAAAUCGCCAUCUUUGCCUACCCAAGUUUAAUGGUGUCUACAAUUCUUAUAUGGCUGCUUGAGCCUACAUCGGAUGGCUGAGAGGGGAUUGCACUACUGGAAAAAUGGAUAAACAUCACAACCGUUCGCCAAUGUUUUUUCAAGUUGCUUUAAUGGAUGGAUAUUCUUUCAAGGUCCUGUUUACCAUGCCUUUUAUAAUUCAUUCCAUAUUGCCAUUCAAAGCAGUGAAUGCCUUUAAUCACUUUUUUUACUUUACUUUUAGCGCAGAAUAAGCUGUUGAUAUACCAUUGUAUAGUGUAAGUUGAUACUAUUUUAAUAUUAUAUUCUAAUUAUCGUCUGUAGUUAAACAGUAUAGUAACUUCCUAAUAUUCAUAAAAUAUCUGACUGGAAUUUCAGAGAAAAAAUAUUUAUAGCUUGAGAACUCUGUUUUCAGCGUCUUACAGUUCUUUCUAUUUGUUGUUGUUUUACACUUUAAAAUGUUUAAAUAUGAUAAAUUUAUCUGGAAUCUUACUAGGAAUUAGACUAGUCUACAGAAAUAGUAAAUGCAUUUCUUUUCUGUUUUCUUCAUAAAAUUUUAACUCCAGUUGAAAACAAAAGUGUUUUUCCAAAUUUGAUAAAAAAAAAGACAAAUUCCAAAAAUUAAAAUACUACUCUUGCUUUAAGCUUUACCAAGUUCAUUAAAAUAUUUUAAUUCAAAAUAUCAGGUUAACCAAUGAAUGUUUUAUAUAACUCUAAGUCAAAAAUCUCUUUCAAACCCAUUUACCGUAAUAAACUAUUUUAUUUGUUUAGUUCACACGUAAGGAAGGUAGCCUAGAUAUGCACCUAAAACUAAGUAUAUAUAAGGUUAACUUCAACCACAGAAGACAUGAUAUACAACUCUAGGCCCAAAAUCUCUUUCAAACACAUUUACUGAAAUAAAUUAUUUUAUUUGUUUAGUUCACACGUAAGGAAGGUAGCCUAGAUAUGCACCUAAAACUAAGUAUAUAUAAGGUUAACUUCAACCACAGAAGACUUGAUAUACACACAGUGAUUAACCUGUAUUUAUUCAGUAACUGCGAAAUUCAUAUAUCCUGCUAAUUUUCGUUUUCACAACAUAUAUUGCGUAUGUAUGUAAAUCCGCAAGAAGCCUGGUUUACAUGCAACAUAAAAUACAUAAGAUGAAAUAAAACAUAUAUUGAUUGUUUUCUCACGGAGAAAAAAUAAGAAGGUUUUGUUGUCUCAAGAAAUCAAAUCAAAUAAUAUUUGAAUAUUAAUUUGUUGAUUUCCACAGCGCUGAAACUUAUGCAGUUCUAGGUGUUAUUCAAUUAUAUACAAAUGCAUAAGCUAUCCUUUUAUAUAUUGAGUACCGUAUUUUUCAUCACUUAUACAAUAUGCUCACUGUUUAUCAGCACAGACAGAAUGGGGCAACAACCAUACUUUAUCAAUACACCGUCAUACAACAUUCAACAACAAGCAAAUCAUUACUAAGGUAAAAUACAAGCAUUUCAUUCUGCCACAUAUUUGAUAGAAUGAAAUACUUACUAUACAGAAACGUCACGUGUGAUUUUUUUUUAUUACGUUGUAGAAUCCACUUUUGUCAUGAAUUGAUUGAAUUUAUUAAAUCUUAAUCGAUAUUUCUCUCUGAAAUACCAAAGAUUUUCGCGCAGUUUGAAACUUUAUAACAAUUUAUCUGCUGCUUUAUCUGUGUAUAUAACUAAGUAAUUAAGUAGUGAUACUUUAGCUAAUAUAUCUUUUUACAACACAACUUAUUUUACUCGCAUUGGAACAACUUUAUUCCUAACUCUAUGCAUUUAAAGGGCUUAUAUAAUUGUAGUAUUUCAGUUUUUUAGAUGGUUCAAUAAGCUAGAUGUGUAAGAAAAGAUGAAUAGAGAAAAACUUUUAGAGAGAACAAUAUAAGGUAAUCUGUAUAUAUUCACAAACAUUCACAUUUAACAAAUUUAGUAUAGCACGUUACUGUCUCUUGCUCAAAACCAAAUAUGCAUUUUUCUAGUCUCUCGAAUGCUUUUUUAGCUUGUUAGAGUUGAAAUGAAAAAUGAUAGGUUUACGUAAACACCUUCUAAGGGUUUGAUAGUUUUUCCUCUAUUUUUAACUAAUAGUUUUGGUUUAAGCGAUUAUUCGGUGAUAUUUCCAGAAAGAUUGAUGUAGCAACUUCUUGGCUAAAUAUAGUAGACAUUUCAUGUAGCACUGUUCUCUCCCUCACGCUUCACAUCUUCAUUACUAAGAUAACAUUAAACUCUUUUGGCAGUGGACGUGAAAUCAAACCUAUGUAAUUUCCUAACCAAAUUUUAUGUGAUAAUCAAUUAAACUUUAUGAAUAAUUAGGAAAGUACAUAUUUACUACAUGAAGAACACCGUAGUUUGGCGGGCAUGCCUUUUUUUUUUAACGUAAUCUUGAAUUCUUAGAAUUUGUGUUGAUAAGUUCAUUCCUUUUGUUACGUUAAGAAACUCAAUUAUUUAUUUUAUGGAGAAUACUGAAUCUUUUUUAUAAGUGUUCGUAAAGUAAAACUGUGGUCCAGUACGUAACUGUUGACUGCUUGUGAAACUAUAUUCACAUAUAGAGCGUAACUGUUGACUGCUUGUGAUAUGGAUGACCUCGGUUCGAGUAUAAAUUAGUUUUCUCAAAAUAAUUUCACGUGGAAUAGAAAAUAGGAAGAUACAAAAAUAUCAGGCUUGAAAAUUGACGUGAAGUUUUUUUUUACUGGUUAAUUCUAGAAAAUUGCCAUUAUGUAUUGAUUUGAAAUAACAUUUUUUAACAGCGGCCAUCUGAAAGUCCUCUAAGCAGGGCUGGCCCUUGAGAUGGGCUACGUGUGCCCCCCACACAGGGCGUCAAAGGCAACAUUGCAAUUAACAGUUCUAGUCAAUUUUCCCUUGGGCCGGCUCAACGUCUAAGUUAAACUUUAUGUGGCCAGGGCACGCUUAUUUUUUUUUAAUACAUAUCUAUUUUAUGUUUUAAUUAUUGUAACUAUUGUCAGUAAACAUGAAAAUUAUUUUACUGGAAUAUUCCAAUAUUUAUUACAAGAUACAUAUAUAUAUCAUCUAAAUAGGAUAAAAACAAUUUGAGUACAACCAAAAAUGAGUUUUAUGCCAUUUUAAAACUUUAUCAUAUACAAUACACCCAGGAAAUUCCUUGGUUUAUAAUGUUCGCUAAAAUGUCUUGAAUUUUUUAGAUUCAAGAUGAUUUUCCAAAUACUUAAUGUUGUACAUUAGUUUACAUAAUUUUACCUUAAACUUGAAUUAUAUUUAUUUUUAUAAUAAAGAGCGUCAAUAUAAAAUCUUAAUUUUAGUGAGUUUUAAUUGCGUUUUGGGGCAAUUAUUAUUAUUUUUUUUAGUUUAGAAACAUUCACCUGUAUAUGGUGUUACACUCGAGAGUGGAGAUCGUCCACACACUAUUUUUGGAUAAAUGCCUAUUUCCCAUACUUCUAUCUUCAUUGUCAUUUGUCUGGUAUAGUAGUUUUUGGAAUGUUUCAGGUUUUGCUAUUUUAUCUCCGCUUGGGUAACCCUAUACAGUUCAUUCAUUAUUGUCUUCACUUUUUUAUUGCGGAUGUUUACUGAACUUCUUUUUCGUUCUAUAGAAAAAAAAACCGGACUAAGUAGUUAAGCCUAUUAUGUAUUAAGGUUAAACCUUAAACGUUACAGUUAGUUGUCGUCGUGUAUAACUCAUUAUCAAUAUAAAUGUUUUUAUAAGUUGAAAGGUUAGAAUGAAGUGCAUCUAGCCAGUUGUUCAUUGCAAGUACCAGAGGAAUUAUUUACCCAUUAUUUAUCUACUGAUCACCAACAAAGCCAAUUUGCGUACGAUAACAACAUGAAACUGAAAGUAUUUACGGAAAUUAUCACAUCAGUGUGUGUGUAUUAACUUUUCAUGUUCCUAAAGAAAUCCUAUACAGAUUUACUGUUCUGAGCUAAAAGCUACCAACUUUUUAAAUAACAAUAAAUUCAGCAAAGGUACAUAUUAUAACACUGACAUCAUGCCGGACAGAUAGUCAACGAAAAUAUAAAAUCUAUGCGUAAACAAGAAUUAGACAACUCUGAACAAUUCGUUUUUUUGUUUUAAUUAAGUAAGUGAAGCCAAUCAGAUUAUGUGAAGGGGAUCGGCUUUAUCCUUUCAAACGAGCUAAUUUUCUGGCCCCUCAACAAACUGAAACGUCACAGCUGUAACAAAUAGUUUUAACUUCGGUUAGCUACUUUGAAAUGAAACGUCAUUUAUGCAAUGAAAUUUAUCUAUAUUAUAUUAUGAUGAUACACAUUUUCUUAGUGAACUCAUCCAUCCACUGUAAUAAAUACUAAAACAUUUAUGGGUAAAUUAUAUACAAAAUUCUUCGUUCAACAUCUUUCCAAUUAGGCAUUUUCAGAGAAAACGCGAUACGCGAGAAAAUGGUUGUAUAUGAAAAAAAAAAAGGUCACAAGAUUAUGGCCGACUUUAUUUAUAUUCGAAAUUUGAAGACUGAAUUCUGACGUUCCAAAUGCCAGUUCGCUGGGUACAAACAAACGGAGAAAGUCUUAGCUUGAACUGAGUAUAUACGUGUUCUUUCGCCACCACGAACUUCAAUUAGAUAGAAUGUUGGCUAGUGGAUUAUCGACUUGUUAUAUCUGGUUCCAUGACCAUACAAUCCUCACUUUAUAGUUUUACUUUCGUGUGAUGCAUCAUAAUAAUCUUUUAUGCAAAUUAACUGAUCUUUUCAAAUGUUGUCUGACGAAGAAAAAUAAUAUUGGAACUAAAUAAGUGCACUAUACUUCCUGAUAGGAAUCUAUCUACAAGGCACCAAUGUUCCCGCUAUUUUUUCAUGUACACCAGUAUCAAGGCAAUGUGCAAAUUUGCGUUAUCAGUUAUUUAUUUUUAUUUUUUUGCGGGGGGGGGGGUAUUUUUAGACCAUCAACCCUAUUGAAUAAUUACGCCGCUUUGCAAUGCUACCAGUUGCUUAUUUCGGCUUUAGGAUUAUCGACUGCCUCUUCACCAUUACUGAGAAUGUGAGCGGCUGGAAUAAUGAAGUGCGCGACAUAUGAUUGGUUGUUAUGUGUCCGCGCAGCCAAGGGGGAACACUGCAAGGCACUCCUAUGACUAUCUGAACUGCUUAGUGUCUGUUUGCAUAAACUCUUUAAUCUCUUAUUUUAUCCAGAUUUUCCUUAUUUAAGGUAUUCGAUGAAAUUGUUCUACGUCAUUACUUUCAUCGCUGAAGACAAAUGUAGAUUUUCGUAAUUUUCUGUGUAUCUAUUCCAAGUUUUUAUUUACAGAAUAUUUUUGCACAAAGAAUUACUUCUUUAGUAUUUGUAUUGUUGGAAUUAAUGUCUACGUCCACGUGGAAUUGUGCAUCGGUUCGGUAAAAUACGGGGUUGUAAGGACCAGACUAUUACAUUAAACGCCGCUAAACAGUAAUAUAAUUAUAAAUGAGACCGUUUUAAUUUCAAAAGUUAUUUGCCUAAUAUCAGUUACGAUGAUUCGUAUCAUGUUUAAAUUAUUUAUAAAUAUUUGAAUACUGACAUACGCUGUUUAUGAAAAAAAAAAAAAGGAUAAAAGUCACAGGUGUAAUGUUUGUUUCAUAAGUGUUGGUGGUGAAGGGCAGUGGUUAACUUGUCGAAAUAUGAAAAAAAAAAAAAAUGCGCCUCACAAUAUGGGUCGAAGGUGUGUUAUACGAGUGAAGGUUAAGUACCAAUAUUAGAUAGUAGCCCACAAGUUAGUGAUGUUGUUGACAAGCUACCUUCCCUCCAGUCUAUUACUUCAAAAUUAGGGACGGCUAGCGGAGGUAGCUCUUGAGUAGUUAUGUACAAAAUUUGAUAACAAACAAAUACAAAUGGGAGAUUAGGGGGAGGAGUGUUACCUUAUAUCUCUGCACAAACACAUCAUAUGGCUAAAUACUACUGCUGUUAACACUUGGGGGGGACGAUCUCCAACUUCCCCCAUGUAACUUCCGUCUAUGAUGCAAGAUUGUUUAGAAUGGUGAAUAUGUCGCGUUAAAAUAAUUCUAAGAAUUAGCGAACAGUUUAUGAAGAGGCAGUAACAGAAAUCAUAAAAAUAUGACAUUAGAACGAUUUUCAUUGGUUGGUUUAAUAUCUUCACGUUUUAUAUUUGAAAUAAAUUUGUGCUAUCUAAAUGUUUAUUUGUAAGGAGUUUGUUUCUGUUAAUACAACCAUUCAGCAUCUCAACAUUGUUUUACCCGUCAUAUAACCACGUGUUAAAUUAAAAUAUAAGUAAAUUUCAAUGGUAAAAUGUUUCUUCUUAUAUUUAUAUCACUGUGUUAUGGGCCAACGUAUGUUAAAAUUAUAAUGUUGUUCAGGCUUUUCAGGACACUUGUGGUGUGCUAAUGUAAGGCUAUUUUACAUAAAAGCUAGUCAUGAACUCGAGACUAAAUUUAUCAUGUCUCAAAAGUUAUUGCAUUUAUUUGAAUUUGACUGCAAGUCAUAAAUUUGUUUGAUUUACCAACAGCUAUUUUAUGUAUCAGUACUGCUUGUAAUCUCUUUUUGCCGUUUGUAGUAGUGUGAACAUACUUUUCUUUUGUGAAUUAAUGAAUAAAUUCUAUGUUAGUUUAUAAACUGCACUCCUUAACAAUUCAUAAAAAUGAAACGCUACGAGCAUAAAUGUAAAUUGUUUUGGAAUAAUUAAAAAUAAAAAUUAUCCCCUAAAAUAAAUGUUAUAUAAUUAAUUUGUUCUUCUGUACUUUUACGUUUUAUUUAUGUAUUGAUUCUUGACUUUAUGCUACGUGAUUCAUGUUUAUUUUGGGACCAACAUUUCUUUACUUGCUUGCACAUUCCGUGCAAUGAGAACCCAUCAAAACUGUACUUUUAUACCACUGUAUUGCACAUGAAACUUUUCUUUCAAUAAAGUUUCUAUUCAGCUUCA